ACUUGGUCAUUCUUUGCCUUGCGUGACUUGAACACUGAAGCUACUACAGUGAUGGCGAUGAGUAAUAAUUAUGGAGCUUUCAUUGAGAAAUCUACAAUCUCUCCAACGGCCUCUUCCUCGUGUCCUUCUCUAAAGGGUCUUACCUUCGCCAUCAAAGACAUCUUUGAUGUGGAAGGACGUGUGACCGGUUUUGGUAACCCGGAUUGGUUAAGGACUCAUUCAGCAGCUACUUCCACAGCUCCUGUAGUUUCAUCUCUCUUGGAAGCUGGUGCCACUUCUUUGGGUAUUACCAUUAUGGAUGAAAUGGCAUACAGUAUAAACGGAGAAAAUGCGCACUAUAGGACUCCGGUAAACCCAGUUGCUUCAGAUAGAGUCCCUGGAGGAUCUUCAAGUGGCUCGGCUGUAGCUGUAGGUGCCGGUCUUGUUGACUUUUCAAUCGGAACUGAUACUGGAGGAAGCAUACGAGUUCCGGCAUCUUACUGUGGUAUUUUCGGUUUUAGACCAUCACAUGGAGUUGUUUCCACUGUCGGAGUUACUCCAAUGGCUCAGAGCUUCGACACAGUUGGCUGGUUUGCUCGGGACACAGGUACUUUGAAACAGGUAGGCAGCGUUCUCCUGCAGCAGCCUGACUUGAACGCUACGGAACCAAGUCAACUGAUUAUUGCUGAUGACUGCUUCAAGCUGUGUAGUGUACCACGUGAUCUGUUGGUGCAACCUCUAGUUAAAUCAGUGGACAAAUCAUUUGGAGGCAACACUGUGAUAAACAAGAUGGAUCUUGGAGAGUACAUCCAAGAGAAUGUUCCGAGCCUUAAGCAUUUCAUGACAAGUGAGACACAACAAGAGUUCUGUAUCCCGUCUCUCAUGGCUCUGUCGAGUUCAAUGAGAUUGUUACAGAGGUACGAGUUCAAGAUGAACCACGGUGAAUGGGUCUCGUCGGUGAAACCAGAGUUUGGUCCUGGAAUAUCAGAACGGAUUGAGGAAGCUAUAAGGGUGUCUGGCGAGAAGAUUGACCUUUGCAGAUUGGUUAAAACCCAACUUUUAACAGCUCUUUCAACUUUGCUUGGGGAUAACGGUGUAUUGAUGAUUCCCACGGUACCAGGUCCUCCACCACAUCUACAAGCUGAUGUAGUUGCACUAGAGUCUUUCCGGAGCAGAGCCUUCAGCUUGUUGUCCAUCGCUGGCGUCUCUGGAUUGUGUCAGGUGACCAUACCAUUGGGGCUGCACGAAAAUCUUCCCAUAUCCGUCUCAUUGGUGGCUAAGCAUGGCUCAGAUGGUUUUCUUCUCAGUCUUGUGGAUUGCCUUUCGAAAUUCAUUUGAUUUUCAGCGAAAAUGUAUGUUUUAGCAUAUCUUAUUUGGUUUAUGUCUGGUCACACCUCAUCUUCUUUGCUUCCAACACUCGCCGUUUACAUCUCUA